AUGUUGAGUGUCCAGGGAUAUAGACGUGAUAAUUUGCCUCAAGAUUGUUAUAGUGCAUUAUCACGUUCUGGUAGAUACUUAUGUGCAAUUUCUCCAAGCUGCCCAAAUAGAUUAUGGCUUGAUAAGGAUGAUGAGAUAAUUCUCAAAAUAUUUAAUUUUGAUAUUGAAAAGAUAUGGAAUAUUAAGACAGUGAUUCAAUUAGAUAAUACUGAAAGAUAUGAUUGUUGUAAUGAUGAUUUAUUACUUAUUCAAUCCAAAAAUAAGAGUAUAAUCAUUUAUAACUUGGACACUUUCGAAGUAUUACUUGAUACAAAAAUAAUGAAUGAAUUGAUAAUAAUAGAUUCUGUUGGAUCCAGAACUAAUAAAAAGAAUUGGAUAAUUGCAAUAGCUUCCAUUUCAAGUAUUCAUAUAUUUUCUUGUUUACCCAGCAUAGCAUUUUUUAAUUUUACAAAAAUAUCAAAUAAAAGUAAACUAACAGAUAAUAUUAUUUCUGCAUUUAAAUCCAACAAAAAUUUACAUUCUUCUAUACAAAAUGAAAAUAUUAUCCAAUAUUAUCAUGUAAUAAAUACAAAUUUUGAGUCAAAUAUCAAUAAUUUGGGUAUAUCAUCUACUGGAAAAAUAUAUAUUGGUACUAAUGAUGAGCUUUAUUAUUUUCAAAUACCUUCAUUACACUAUAAAUACAGAAGAUAUUUCGAAAUUAUCCAUUUAUUUACUAUGGAAUCAAAAAUAUCAAAUCAUAUAAAUAUAUUGAGAAUACUUCCAUUUAAUACAUAUCAAUCUACUUUACCUUGUAAUAGCGUUUUUGAAUCAAUAUUUUUCUUAUAUACUAGUAACCAAGAUUUGAAUAAAUCAUUAAAUUUAGGAUUAUUAACAUCCAAUAAUUUGGUAAAUAGCAUUGAUUGGGAUACAAAUUUUAUAUUUAAUAAUAUAACUGAAAUAUAUAACUCUCCUUGCUCAAAUUUUGAAUUGUCUAAUAAAAUUUUAUCUUGUGAAGUAUUUAAAAGUGGAUAUUUGGGCAUUAUUUGGAUUUUUGAUAAUGAAAUUUUUCUCCAUAUAUUUAAUUCAUCCUUAUCUCCUGAUAAUAUUAGAGAAUUAACAUUUUCUCCAUUUAUUGAAAAGAAGAAUUCUGAAACUAAAUUCCGUAAUCUAUAUUCUUUAUUAUAUGGAGAUGUUCCUUUAAAUAAAUGUGGAUUAGAUUCUAUGAUUGAUGAAAAUAGUGAAGUAAUACUUAGAAUACACAAUACAAUCUUUUCUGAUUCACUUAAUAAAAGAGAUAUUGAAACUGAAGAACAAUUACUAUAUAGAAUAUCAAUAAAUCAAAAAAAUAUGGGCGUAAUCUUACAGAAUAUGGACUUCAUAAAAUUUAUUGAUACUCCACAACAAUAUUCACCAAUUAUCUGUACUACUAAUGCUAAUAACAAAGAUAUUUUUACUCCUGACAAUUGGUUUAGUAAUCUAUCAUUUAAUAUUAAAGUUUCACUCUCAAAACCACUUGUAUUAUUAAAUAUCUCAUAUAUAUGUUGGUAUCAUGGUAUUGAGCAAUAUUUAAAAUUUAAUUUACUAUCAAUUAUUCAAAAUCCACAAACUCAUAUAUCUAUACUUCAACAUUUAUCUUUACUACCAAUAAAUAUGAACUUUUCAAGUCCAACAGCCCUACAAAAUCUGUUCAGCAUUAAUAUAUCAUUACAAAAAAAAAAUAAAAAUGACCUUUCUCUUUGCUAUUCUAUAUUGGAUUUAUAUGUACAAAGUGGAUUAUAUGAUCCUAUUAUUACUUAUUUAUCUUCUGAAACAUUAUCUGAAGGAGCUCUUGAUAUUAUGUAUAACUGGAUAGACCUUCGUAUGGAAAAAAUAUUACUUACAAUAUUUAAAUAUUGUAACAAUAUUCCUAAUAAUGAUUUCGAAAAUAAACUUUUCGAAUUGUCUCAAUUUCAAGACACAGAAAAAAAUUUAAAUUUGAUAUUCCAUAUAUGCUUUAAAUUAACAAAAUCUGAUGGCCAUAUUCUGUCUUUAAUUAUUGGAUGCAAUUAUAAUAUACUGAAGUCACUUCUUUAUAUUAUGAAAUUUAUUAUAUUCAAUAAAAAUGAGGUACCUGAGAUUAUUAGUUUUUAUGCUUUAAUUCAAAGUCUUUUUUGUUGGAAUGGUUUCUUUAAAAUACUUACAUGUAAAGAUUCAAAUUCGACCUCUAUCUGUGAUAUAAUUAAAAUGGAUUUAUUUAAAGCAGAGAAUUCAGAAUUUCUCAAUAAAUUAAUUGAAGAAUUAGCUAUUAAUUCACGAAUAAACUCAGAAACAUUAUAUUCUCAUAUUCAAUUAAAAGAACCUCAACCUGAAUGGUCUUCACUUCUAUCUGCCUCAAUCUUAUUUUAUUACUAUAAUUAUUAUUCUAAGCAGCUAUUUACAAAUAUAACCGAAGAAAUUCCUCUUGCACCUAUAUUAGAUUACUUAAUUAAUACUUAUCCAAAAGCUAGAUUAUUACUACCCUUAGCAUAUCAUAUAAUUUAA